AUGACAUCUUGUCAUUCUCUUAUCUUGCUUCUGUCUUCUCUUUUCAUCCUUCUCAUUGGUCUUUCUUCACUAAGAACGUCUCGAGAGAUCUUCAUCUUCAUCUUCAUCCUCAUAAGUAAAUGAUGACGAUGAUGAGUGGUGUAGGUUGUAGGCAUAUAUUGAUACUUGGAAUUGUAACUUUAGUGUUUAUAACAAUGGCGCGGAGAUGUUUGAGUGUGGGAGUGAACUGGGGUACUAUGGCAUCUCAUCAGUUAGCAGCAGAGAGUGUAGUGAAGAUGCUUAAAGAAAAUGGAUUUGAUAAAGUGAAAUUAUUUGAAGCAGAUGACCAGAUUUUGAGUGCUUUAAUAGGUAGUGAUAUUGAAGUGAUGCUUGCAAUUCCUAAUUAUAUGUUACAAGAUAUGAGUACUGACCCUGGAAUGGCAGCUUCUUGGGUUGAUGCUAAUGUUUCUGCUUAUGCUUACACUCAUGGAGUCAAAAUCAGGUAUGUAGCAGUAGGAAAUGAGCCUUUUCUUCAAACAUACAAUGGAACUUAUCUACAUUCCACUUUUCCAGCUCUGAGAAAUGUUCAGGAAGCUAUCAACCAUGCUGGAUUAGGGCCAGAGGUGAAAGCAGUUGUUCCUUUAAACGCGGACAUUUACUACUCCCCUGACUCGAAUCCUAUCCCUUCAGCAGGCGAUUUCAGGCCAGAAAUACGCGAUUUAGCUAUUCAAAUUGUUCAAUAUCUCGACUCAAAUGAUGCUCCUUUCGUGGUAAACAUUUACCCUUUCCUCAGUCUCUAUGCAAACAAUUACUUCCCAUUCGAGUAUGCCUUCUUUAAUGGUUCAAACAAGCCUAUGAAAGAUGGCGAUUAUCUUUACACCAACGUGUUUGAUGCCAAUUUCGAUACUCUUGCUUGGUCUUUGAAGAAAGCUGGAUUUCCCAACAUGAAAAUCAUAGUCGGAGAAGUAGGAUGGCCAACAGAUGGAGACAAACACGCGAAUAUUGAAAAUGCAAAGAGAUUCAACCAAGGGUUGAUUCAACACGCUUUAAGUGGAGAAGGAACCCCUACAAGGAAGGGGAAAAUCGACGUUUACUUGUUCAGCUUGAUUGAUGAGAAUACUAAAAGCAUUGCUCCAGGUAACUUUGAGAGGCAUUGGGGAAUCUACGAGUUUGAUGGUAAGCCUAAAUAUGAGCUAGCUAUAGAUUUAUCUGAAAAACCACUCGCUGCAGUAGAAGGCGUAACAUAUAUGCAUAAAAGAUGGUGUGUACUGAAGCCACACUUACCAAAAGAUGCACAAAUUUACUUGGCAAAGAGUGUUGAAUACGCGUGUAGUCGUUCUGAUUGUACUGCAUUGAGCUAUGGUUCUUCUUGUAAUCAUCUGAGUGAACAAGGAAAUACUUCAUAUGCUUUCAAUAUGUAUUAUCAAUUCAAUAACCAGAACAGUUUGGACUGUGAUUUUCAAGGCUUGGCUAUGGUAACUCAUAACGAUCCAUCCGACGACAAGUGCCAUUUCCCUCUCAUGAUUACUGAUGGUCCUAAAGUUAUGUUGUUGCACAAGAACUUAGUGUACAUCAUACUGGCUGUUCUACAAGGAUUUCUAGUAGUUUUGUUGCUUGUUUCUUAGAUAAGUCAUGAUGAUUUUGAUGUAAUUAACUAGUAGCAGAAUAUAGGUCUUUUUUACAGCAUUGAUAUUCUAUCCAUUCAUAUUCCUAA